AUGCCAUCGAAUACCGCCGCUUACAUAUCCAAAAGUCACAUUUUACUCUGGUCGAAGCACCGAUGCGGCCUUUGGAAGCUCCGCCGCCUCCGAGACCGCUGGCAAGGUUUCUCGCACCCGGCCUGCCUGCGUACCGAGAGUGGAUUGCCACGCCGUCCCUGGCCCGUGCGAGUGAACGCUAGGUACGCUUUGCAGUGCGAUCAUCUGUCCGCGACGCUGCGCUGUCUGCGGCUUCCGUUAGACUUUAUUCGGCCAACUACAUCUUUCAAUUUUUCCGUUGGCUGUGCUUAA